AAACUAAAACAAGCAGUUUUUAAUUUAUUUUAUACAUAAAAAAAAAGCGAAUAAAAGUUAAUUAACAUAUAAAGAAAAUUAUUCAAUAUCAAAAAAUAGUUAUUCUUUCUAACGUUGAAAAAUUCAAACAAUUGAUAACAAAUAAAAUCACUUGACAAUUUUAUCACUCGGAUAUGGCCAGUAACAAACCUCCAAUCUACUUUUAGUUUGUUGUGUUUGUAUAAAUUCAAACAUUCAAAGCGGAAAUACUUAUUAAACAAAUAUUUUGCAGAAUGUGCAUUUAAACGUAGCAAAAAAGACAUUGUUAGUUUGGCACGAAUGUUUAUAAAAAAUUGUGAUAUUAUUCUUACCAUAACAAUCAAUUUUGCUUCAAGUGUUGUAAAGUAACAAACAAGUGUUAUGAGUUACGUGAAAAAUUAACAUUUAAACUUUUUUUUUUUUGAUAAAGUUUAUAUCGUUAAAAAUAUGGAGGGCUUAAAAAUAUUUUCCAAUCUACUUUUAAUUUUCACAAUACAUUGCUUAAUUUCACAUUGUGUUAAUACAACAACAAUAAAUGAUGUUAGUGUUUCUAAAAACAACAAUUUUGAAGAAUUGUCAGAAGUUGGAUGGGUUUUUCAUAACGAAUCUUCAUUGAAAAGAUCAAGACGCAAUGUUAUUCAACCAAGUAAUACAAAUAAUAAACAAGAAAAAAAUCAUAACCUAUUUGAAGAACCUUUAUGCCGGGGUGAUCUCCGACGACUUUGUGGCAAUAUUGAUUCACAUAAUGAUGAUAUGCAACUAUGGGAAUGUAUACAGUCAUUGAAGCCAAAUGAAGUUGCAACAAUUGAUUCAAAAUGUCAGCAUUUAAUUUUUAAACAUAUGAUGAACAUUUCUGACAAUGAAAAUAUUAAAAAACAAGCGAAACAAAUUUGUGGCGAUGAAUUGGAUAAUUUAAAUUGUCCCUUAAAUGUUCCUGGUUCUUUUUUAUCAUGUUUAAUUGAGAAAAGAGAGCAAAUAAGAGAAUUUCAUUGUUUAGAUUAUAUUCAACGAUGGGAAUGGUUGGCAUUUAGUGAUUUUCGAAUAAUCGCACCAUUUGUAUCAGAUUGUCAACGUGAUUUAAAUAAAUUUAAAUGUGGCACAAUACAAUCAAGCAAGGAUAUUGCUCAGGGUGAAAUACUUGCAUGUUUACAACAACACGCUGAUAAAUUAGAAAAUUUAUGUCGAAAGAGAGUGUUUUUAAUUUCUGAAAUACAAUCGGGAAAUAUUAAUUUAGAUCGACAAUUACAUAUAGCGUGUGUUAGGGAGCAAAUGCAAUUAUGCCCACAAGUACGACCAGGUAGUGGACAAGUGAUAAAAUGUUUAAUGCAACAUAAAAUGCAUAGAACAAUGUCAAAAGCAUGUCAAGAACAAUUGAUAAGACGUGAACAGCUCAUGGUUUUAGAUUAUAAAGUGAGCAAGGGUUUGGUAAAAGCAUGUCGCGAUGAUAUUAAACAAAAUCAUUGUCGACGUUCAGUUUCAAAUGAUAGGGAAAUUAAACUCGCUCAAAUUUUACUCUGUUUGGAAUCAGCUGAAAAGAAUGGCAGUAAAAUUUCUCAAGAUUGUAAAGCCGAAAUAUUUGAUCAUCGAAAAAUGUUAAUGGAUGAUUAUCGUUUAUCACCGGAAAUUGUUGAUAGUUGCGCAAAAGAUAUAUCGACAUUUUGUCUUGGUUUGGAAGUUGGCGGUAAAACAAUUCAUUGUUUAAUGGAUAAUGCACGUUUCAAGAAUAAUCGAUUGCGAAUAACGCAAGAAUGUCAGAGAGCGUUAGAGACACUUGUGAAAGAAGCAGAUGUUGCUGAGGAUUGGAGAAUUGAUCCAGUUUUAAGAGAAGCAUGUCAACCAGUUGUCAACAUGGCUUGCGGAAAUAAUAUCCAAGGUGGUAACGCGAGGGUAAUAUCGUGUCUAAUGGAAAAUUUGGGUACCGGUAGAAUGACAGAGCCGUGUGAGGCAGCUCUUAUUCAAAUUCAAUAUUUUGUUGCAAGAGAUUAUAAACUUGAUCCUCAAUUAUAUCGAGCUUGCAGAGCAGACGCUAUUUAUUUCUGUCAUGCUAAGAGUGCAUGGUCCAGUGAUGGAAUCGACAUGGAUCCCGAGAGAGGUCCUUUGGUUUUACCUUGUUUACAUCGUUAUGCUAAUCAUCCACAAAAAAAUAUGACAUUGAAGAGAAGAUGUUCUGAAGAAAUUAAAAGAGUAAUGCGGCAGAGAGCAAUGAAUGUUGAUUUAUUACCAGAAAUUGAAGAUGCUUGCCUAAAAGAUCUUGCAGUUAUUUGCUACGAUAAAACGGGAAGGGGCGAAGAGAUUUUGUGCCUUCAAGAUAAUUUCGAAAAUCUUAAGAGCCAAAAAUGCAAGGACGUAGUUGGAAAUUUUACGGAAGAACAGGCGGAACAAGUUGAACUUAAUCCACUGAUUACAAAUGCUUGUUCUCGAAUUAUAGAACAUUAUUGUCAGGAUAUUUUUAAACGUGGCAAAGAUGAAGGUGAUAUGAUGGAGUGUCUAAUAGAACACAAAAAUGAUUUAGAAACAACAGAUUAUAAGUGCAAAGCAGCUGUUGAACAUUUUCAAUUAAUCUCUCUCAAAAAUUAUCAUUUUACUUUCAAAUUUAAGGAAGCCUGUAGAUCUUUUGUUCUCAGAUAUUGUCAAAAGUCGAAAACAAGUGCAGAUGUGAUUGAAUGUUUGAGUUCAAUUGUUCAAGAAGACGUAAUGAAGGAGAAUCAAGCGCGAAUUAAAAAAAAUUGUCGACAACAGUUGAAAGCACAAUUAUAUCAACAAAGGGAAAAUAUUCAAUUUGAUCCGGUUUUGCAAAAAUUUUGUGAGACUGAUAUUAAAAACUUAUGCCUCAACAUUAUACCUGGAAAUUCUCGGAUUCUAGAAUGUUUGGCAACGCAUAAAUCGCAAUUAUCAAUGGAAUGCCGUAAACAAUUGUUUAAAGUAAGAAAACUGGAGUUUCAAGAUAGUUCCAUUGAUUUUGCUUUAUUGAAUAACUGUCAUUCAAUGGUAGCACAAUUUUGUCACAAAGGAGAUCGAACGCAAAUAUUAGAUUGUUUAAAAAAAUAUAAGGACGAAUCGACAUUUGAUGAAAAAUGCAAAAACUUUGUUAUUCAAAGAAUGAUUGAACAGAAUACAGAUUAUCGAUUCAAUACGGCUUUACAAAGUUCGUGCUCGUCGGAUAUAAAUAAACAUUGCAAAGAGGUUUUGAAAAAUGAGCCUAUGGACAGAGAGCUCGAAGGAAAAGUUAUAAUGUGUCUAAAAAUUAAAUUUAGAGAAUCAAAAUUAAGCAUGAAAUGCGAACAACAAAUGACAAAUGUUCUACGAGAAGCUGCUUUGAAUUAUCAUUUAAAUCCUUUACUGGCUACUUUAUGUGCCAAUGAAAUUGACACAAUUUGUGGAUCAGAUGAAAAUGAGCCAGGGGCAGUUGAAGAAUGUUUAAAGAAGGAAUUCAAUGCAGAUAAUAAAUUAAUGAGAGAAGAGUGUCGAAUGCAAGUUGCUGAUCUUAUUGAAGAAGCAAGAGCUGAUAUUCAUGUAGAUCCUCUUUUGCAAACUGCGUGUGCAGUUGAUGUCACAAAAUAUUGCAGUGAUGUGCCACAGGGUGCAGGAAGACAUAUAACCUGCCUGCAAAAUGUUUUACAAGAUUCAAAAAAAUCUUUGCAACCUGAUUGCUUUAAAAUGCUAACAAUGAGAAUUGAAAUGUUCAGAAAUGCUGCAUUGGUAAUAGCACCGAAUUCAAUUGAAGAAUUAUACGAUACGGUAAAUCGUUCACCAGCUCGAAGGUAUUUUAUGAUUGUUGCACUGUCAAUGAUUGGAAUGAUAUUUGUCAGUGGUCUAUUUUGUGGAAGAUUUACACGAAAAUCAAUGAUGAUAUUGAAAAAUAAGUGAUGAAAAAUUACAAAGGCUCACACCUUUCAUAAAGAAACUGAUGUAUAGAAUUUUACAGCUAAUUUGCUGUUUUAAAUUAAAACAAAAAUAAGGAAAUAAAUAGGGAAAUACGAAAUUUACAAAAAAAAAAAAAAUAUUGGUUAUAAAUAAUUUUACUAACGAUGAAGUAAAAUUGCGAAUUUAUAUAUAUUUAAUAAGAAAAAUAAUUUACGCAUAAUUAAAUCGUCCGGAUAUCAUUGCACAAAUUUCAUGAGAAAUUUCACAAUUUUAUGAACGUCAUGUAUUUGUAAUUAUUUAAAAAAAAAAAUUUAAUUUCUGUAAAUUCUAUAGAAAGUCCAUUUUUUCGAGAGUAAGAUUCUUUUUUUUUUCUAAGAAUUAGUGAUAUUGAUAUAGUGCAAGUUUGACAAUGCGAAAACGAUUGUGAAUUAUCGAAACGCGAAUGGUAUAAAGAUAUAAAAUUUGUUUUUUAACUUUUUAUGUAUUAAAUAUGUGAAAUGUGAUGAUGAUAUGUAAAAAUGUAUAUUGUCAAUAAUAGAAGAUAGAAUUAACGAUUGUUUUUUCACGAUAAUGAAAUACCAAAGUGUUCUGAAUAAUAUCGUUUUGUCGUUUGUAUGUGAAUAUUUGAAACCUGAAGCGUUUUGAUUUAAGUAUAUAUUGUAUAACUUUUUACUCAAAACCCUUUUUCUAAAAAUGAAUAUUUUAUCUGUAAUAUUAUUUUCGUCCGUUGUAUUCUUAAAUUUUAUUGAACAUUGUAUUUUAAAUUUUCAAUAAAAAAAAUAUAUUAAAACUC